GAGUUUAUAAACUUAGAGCAAACUAUGAGUUCAGGCAGAUGUGUAGGUUGUCAUCAGAGCUGACCAUACAUCUGCAUUGAAGUCCAUGCCUUUAACUUUCUCUUAUCAGCGAGUGAGCCUUUGUGGCUCUGUUGAUAGUUUUAAACGGAGGAACAGUAAAAAAAAGUAAUAUUGAGAGGGCUUAGUGUUUCAGUAAGGAAUUCAGGCAGAUGAGAAUAUUGGUAUAGACAAUAUCUGAAGUACUGGGAAGGAGAUGGAGCAAGUACACUGCACAAUAGGAGCUUAUUUGUUCAUCCUUUCACACGUCGCAUCCUUGGGUAGUGUUUUGUGUGCUUUUUAUUCAUUCCUGAUUCUUCUGCUGGGAUUCCCUUCCUCAUUCUCAAAAGGCAGCAAUGAAACCCUUGAACAAAUGAGAGGACCCUGGUGACAAAAAGGGCAGAUGCGCAUAUGGUUUGAAGUCAUCUGAGCAUUUUUCUAGCAUUAGCGUUUCUUGGCAGAGGAAAUUUGGGUAUUUUGCCUAGGGUGUGUAACACUUUCCAAAUCUUUUUUUGAACCACAGAGAAACAGCAUGACGAAAAUGUGACCCAGUGUUUUGUUGCACUCUGCUCUUUGCUGCUAGUGAAAAAAAAAAAAAAAAGUUGAAUUUGGAGAUGCCAGAGGAAGGCAAUGAAGAUCCAACUCAGGAAAUGUCACUUACCUAAGUGGGACCAAGGCAGAUUUGACAGAUGUGAAAAGUUUUCUUUGAGCCCUAACUUGUGAUGUUUUUUUUCCAAGGACAAGUGGUUUCCUCCUCAGCUAGCUGUUUGCGUGCAGUUCCCUCUUGGCAGUUACCUGCUGCCUUGCUUUCGCUUGCUGUGUCCAGCCAUUGCUUAAAGAAGUGAUUCACCUUAACAACGGGAACCUUUUUACCCAGAUGAACCCUUGUUUCCAUAAUAACUUCAAAAUAGUGAUGUCAGUGUAACAAAAAGCAAAAGUGUUGUUAGAACAAGCUUGGAUCAGUAAACUACAGUUCCUGUAAGAAAACCCUGAGUACCUUUUUCAGACAGUAAUCUAGAAAGGUGUGUAUGUUUAAAAUCUUCUUCAUCUUUUCUAAGGGGUGUCCGUAACUCUCACAAGUACAGGCAUUUUAUUGUCAGGGUGCUUUCCUUGGGAGGGCUUGGAGUGGCAAAGGGGAGCUGGGAAGGACAGGACCGGGUCGCAGAGAUAGCCAUUCCUCUGAUCCUGUCUUCCUUGGCCCCAGUUUCCAUAUCCCAGUUCCCACUCUCUGUGCAACUGCACUGCAGAUCUUGCUUGGAAGUUUUGAAAGAGAAAGAUGUCUGCUGGCUUGUCCUUUAGCUCUGUGGAUGAGUGAAAGGUUCUGGUCUCAAUGCAGCCCUUCUGCCUCUGAAUUUUCCAAGAAAAGCUUGCUUUCUUAUCCUUGUUGUGAAGAAGGGCUCAGGAUUUUAAUCCAAGUAAACAAAAGUAGUUUCUCUUAUUUUUCCUUACCCUAACUUAAGAGUUGCGUGCUCUUGGCACAUGUGCUUUUAAAAGUGACCCAUGUGUUCUUUCACAUCUUACUGGAGUUCAUCUGAUUUUUAUAGAUGGAAUUCAAGACAUUUUUUUUGGGGAAAGAGUUUGAGCUCUGAAAUCUAGGUUAAGUGCAAAAACCUGGUAAAUGUUUUGAAUUGCAAAAUGAAAAAAUAAUAACGUUCUCUAUUCAAGUGAAUGUCCCCCACCUCAACACAGAGUAGGGAAGUCAACCUGAAAUUCUGAUAUUGAAGCUCAGGGAAGGAAAAUACAGGGCUGAGACUACAAACAGGGUGUGCAGUCAGCAAUUGCUUUGCUAACUAAAAUCAACAUAGAGGAAAGUGCAGAAAUUAAGGGGAACUUAAGUUAAAAAUACUUUUCCAAGUACUAAUUGCAUUAACAGUAUAACUGCUAAUACGUAAUUUUAGUUUUCAAUGGUUUAAACUAUUAAUAGUUUUCUUAAAAAUUACUGUUUGGACUUCUUUACAGUGCUUAAUCUUAGUUAAUUGGAGGGAGGAAAAAAGCCCUGCAUGACUAAAGUUCCUGAUUAAAACAGCUUUUUAAAAACAAAAAUCUAAUCAGUGUACUGAUAAAAGAUAAACCAAUAUUAAUUGUGACACCAGGAUAUACCAGUGGAAAUGUGAUCACCAAAAGUUAUCCUAUUGAUAAGAAAAAUGGUUCAUAUAAUUAAAAGCUUCUCAAAGAAUUUAUUUGGCAUCUUUCUCCCGCAUUCUUUUUCUUCUACUGUACAUAUUUCAUUGAAAUUUAGUAGGGGAAACCUAAAUCCUGAGUGUUAUGUAGUAGUUUUGAAGUCUUUGUAGUUAAGUAUGGAACCUGUAAUGUGUAGAAAACUGUAUCUGAAGAAGGUGGUUAUGUGAAUUAAGUUAAGGAGAUCUUAAAGGUGACUCCUGUUCCUCUUAAAAGUGGUUGAAAUUUCAUACUUUUUUUUUAUUUCCUCCAUUUUUAGUUAGUCAGUAUCCACAUUUGUACCAAGUUUCUUUACAGUUAAUUGUGAAAUGUUGAUUUAGGAUCAUGUAUCUCUUAAUUUUGAUUCAUAUUUUGAGAUGAUUUUUCUCUUACUUUAUAUGACUAAAGCAUAGUGGGAGCCUGAGCACUUCUGCUCAAAGCUGUGUGAGCUCCAGAUAGUAAAUCAUCCAGAGGUGGGUAAGGAAAUGACCAGGUAUAAAGGAUUGAUGGCAGGCAAGAAUGCAGUUACACCAAGCAGCUAAACCCUCUCCCCACGCAUGCCCCUUAAAGAGUCAUUAAGUUAGUUUCAGAAUGAGGAAUCACUUGCUUUAUGGUUGCCCCUCUGGUGACUGAGGCAAAGGUUGUGGGACAGGGAUACCCACAGGGUGCCAUUGCUGUGCAUGCACAGGGAGGCAGAACUAAGGUUGCAGGGUGUCUGCACACCCCACGUUUCCUGACAUCCCUGUGCUUGGUUUCACAAUCCAAGUGACUGUCAUGCGGGUUUUGAACCAAUUUUCUUUGCCAGUGGGGAGACUCAGCCCUGCCUGCAAAGGUAGCACAGCUGCCUUCCACGACACAAGCCACUACUAGCAUUGAUAUUUUGGCCCAAGGCCUGCCCUGGAGAGGGAAGUCUUGUGUUUGUGUUAGGAGGAGUGUGAGAGGUGUGAGGAGACAGUACAGCCUGCCCCAAACAGUAGGGAUGAGGUGCUAGGGCCAGAAAGUCUGGACUCUUCCUCUUCCUCUUCCUGUAGCAGCAGAGUUCGCUGCAAAGCCAGCAGAGGAUCCUCUCUGUAGGCUCUUAGAAACCUCUGUCCUGGUACUGGCUGGUGGUGUUGGCCAGCUGUAUGAAGGAGGCAAGGGAAAGAAACAGCAGGUUCUCCAAAGGUGCUCUCCUGUGAGUGGGAAUUCACGGUUACUGGUUUUUUUUACCAGGACUACAAUAUGAACACUGUUUUUCUGAAAGUGAAAUUUACCUCUUCCUGGAGUAAAACAUGAGGUGUGGGGUUUGGGUUUGUGUUCAUAAUGCUAUCUAUGCUGUGUAACACUCGAUGAGAGGCAGGCAUGAUGAGCAGUUUAUAUUUGAGCUCUUACUAAAGGCUGUAUUAUACUGACAUACCCUUAGCUGUGGCAAUGCUACUCUGGGCCACUGUUGCCAGGUGCCUGAUACAUCACAAAAUCAAGGCAAAACUGUAACAUACAUAAGAAUGAAGAGUGGAGUGAGUCUGUAACACUCCCAUACUUUGAAAUAACUUCUACUUUGUCAGUUGAUGAUGAACUUUUUAUGAUCCAAGGUGUGUCAUACUAAUUUUGAACAUUAAAAAUGCAUCAACUGUUUUAUUUCAGUGCCUUCCUCCUUACUUUCAGGAAUUGCUAGGUAAACUGCAGGGGAAACUGUAAGAUUUAAUGAAGUGCCAUGAACCUCUGUGCUUCCUCAAGACACCAUGUCAUAGAUGGAAAAGGAGGAAUCUAAAAGCUAUGAUACUAUCUAUCAAUAUAUGUCAGUGCACUAUCUGAUGGCAUGGCAGGGUUACCUCAUUACACAUUACACCACUUGGUCUUUCAAAAUCAUCCGUUUUUGUGGGAUUGCAUACCUUGGUGCUGUUGAUAUGCACAUGUUUGGAAUUAGGCAGCAUUACCAUGUUGAAUCAAUAGUUUAUCCUGGCAACUUAAAGGCACUGAAUGAAUCACAGUAGAAGGCAUGCUAGUAGGCAGAACUUUGCCCCUCCCUCAGGAAAAAAUGCAAAGUGUCUACACCCAGAAGUAAAUCUUCAGAACAAAUCCAAUAAAAUGUUUGCCCUGCAUCUCUCAUUCUGCUUCUAAACAAGCAGCUGUGUUUAGAUAAGUAUGUUUAGUAUCGGUUAACCUGUCUUUGGUUUUCCAUUCAAGGCAUUCAGAAAAUGUUGCAAAAUAUCAGCUGUAGUUCAGAGAGAAAACUAUCUCUUCUUGUGAAUGUUCUCCAACAGCAGCAGAAAGCACCCCAGAGAAGCUUGUACACAUGCUUUUUUUUUUUUUUUUUUUUUUUAAUAUUCCCUUGUAGCAAUAUGAAAAAGACUGAUUGUUUCUUCCUGCCCUAACCAGCCAGUCUUACCACCUGAGGAUUUCUGGGCUUGGGCACAGGUGCAGCUCCCAAACAGCAGAGAAGUAGCAGUGCUGUUGUUUUCAGUCUGAUGCUCGUUAUGUUCUUCUCCUGUUCUCUUUCUCUGGAUUUUUGUGAAGGAAGCUGCAUCCGUGUCUAACUAAUAUCUUCCUUCUCCUUCCCAAUGCUGGCCAAGGCACUGGAAAAGGGAUUGUUGCUGUCACAGUGGAGUGGAAGAAAUAGAGAAGUGUCAGUCCAAUCACGCUGUGCUGUGACUUGGCUUUUUGGUGUAGUGAGAUCAGCUCUGGUACUCAUUAAUGAGUGAAGGAUCAAAAGGUGGGACGGUGGCCAAGAAGCAAUGGAGAAUAAAAGUUUAGAAGGUUCCCCAUCAGACCUAAAGUUAGUGGCUCACCCGAGAGCAAAGAGUAAAGUGUGGAAGUACUUUGGGUUUGAUACCAAUGCAGAAGGAUGCAUAUUACAGUGGAAGAAGAUCUACUGCCGUAUUUGCAUGGCACAGAUUGCCUAUUCAGGAAACACGUCCAACCUUUCCUACCACCUUGAGAAAAAUCACCCUGAUGAAUUCUGUGAGUUUGUGAAAAGCAACACUGAGCAAAUGAGGGAAGCCUUUGCCACAGCAUUUUCAAAAAUCAAGCCAGAGUCAUCACAGCAGGUUGUUCAAGAUAGCCUCAUCAUGAAGACCUACCAGAACUAUGAAAACAAAAAACAUCAGGAACUGACAUCUGCAGUCAUCAGCUUAAUUUGCGAGGGCAUGUAUCCAGCCUCCAUCGUCGAUGAACCUACCUUCAAGGCCCUCUUGAGAACAGCGGACCCCAGGUAUGAACUUCCGAGCCGGAAGUACUUCUGUACAAAAGCAAUUCCUGAAAAGUACAGUGCUAUUAGAGAAAUUGUGCUAAAAGAGCUCACUGAGGUUCUCUGGUGUGGCAUAUCCACGGACAUGUGGAGGAGUGAAAACCAGAACAGGUCAUAUGUAACUGUGGCAGUUCACUUUCUCAGCAGCAGUCCUGCCAACUGCCUGGCUGUGAACUCGCGGUGUUUGAAAACGUUCGAAGUACCGGAGGAUAACACUGCAGAGACCAUUACACGAGUCCUUUAUGAAACAUUCAUUGAGUGGGGGAUCAAUACAAAAGUCUUUGGUGCUACGACAGAUUACAGUAAAGACAUUGUAAAAGCUUGCUCUCUCUUAGAUAUUCCCGUACAGAUGCCUUGUUUGGGGCACACUUUUAACGCAGGAAUACAACAAGCUUUUCAGCUCCCCAAACUCUGCAACCUUCUUGCCAGGUGCCGAAAGCUGGUGGAAUAUUUUCAGCAGUCCACUGUCGCGAUGUAUAUGCUGAGCGAAAAGCAGAAGCAGCAGAAUAUUCUCCACUGCAUGCUGGUAAGCGACCGUGUUUCCUGGUGGGGAAGCACGCUCGCAAUGCUGCAGCGCCUCAAGGAGCAGCAGUUUGUCAUUGCGGCUGUUCUCGUGGAGGACAGCAACAACCACCACCUCAUGCUGGAAUCCAGUGAGUGGAAUACAAUCGAAGGGCUGGUGGAGCUGCUCCAGCCUUUCAAGCAGGUUGCAGAGAUGAUGUCUGCUUCAAAGUACCCGACGAUAAGUAUGGUAAAGCCACUUCUCCACAUGCUUCUGAAUACCACUCUGAACAUCAAAGAGAAUGAUUUGAAAGAAAUCAGCAUGGCAAAGGAGGUGAUUGCUAAAGAGUUGUCAACCACCUACCAGCACACACCUGAGAUAGACAUGUUUCUCAAUGUUGCAACUUUCUUGGAUCCCCGCUACAAGAAACUGCCUUUUCUUUCAGCCUUUGAGAGGCAGCAGGUGGAAAACAGAGUGGUGGAAGAAGCAAAAAGCCUGCUGGAGAAAGUAAAAGAAAAUAGUUUUAGAACUGAGGAGAAAUUCUUCACUGUUUCAGAAGAGCCCCCUAUGAAAAAAAUCAUCAUCUCCUCUACUCCUCCUCCUACCAGUGUCAUCAACAACAUGCUCGCAGAGAUCUUUUGCCAGACAGGAGGCGUGGAAGACCAGGAGGAAUGGCACGCUCAAAUUGUUGAGGAGUUGAGCAACUUCAAGUCACAAAAGGUCCUCGGUUUGAAUGAAGACCCGUUGAAGUGGUGGUCUGACAGACUAGCACUGUUUCCAGUUUUACCAAAGGUUCUUCAAAAAUACUGGUGUAUUCUUGCCACAAGGGUCUUCCCUGAACGCCUUUUUGGUUCUUCUGCUAAUGUUGUGAGUGCAAAGAGAAACCGGUUAGCCCCAGCUCACGUGGAUGAGCAGAUCUUUUUGUACGAAAACAGUCGCAAUGGGUCUGAGGCAGAACCAGAGGACGAAGAUGAAGGAGAGUGGGGUUUGGAACAGGAACAGAUUUUUAAUUUAAAUGACUCGGUAAACAUAAACAACAGUUUCUUUAAUAUUCGAGACAGUGGGUUUGUUUAACAGGACUGCUGCGGUACAUUUAAUGACAAAGAAAAGAGGUAUUUGUCUUAAGUUACCAAAAAUUCUUCUGUUGUAUGCUAUGAAUGCUGUAAAUAUUGAACAGUUGUAACAAACUUGAUUUAGCUUCCAUUGUCUGUGUUUUUCCCACUGUCUUAAAACAUGAAUGACUUGUGAUCAAACAGCACUGAAAUGAAUGAGGAAAUAAAUUCUAGAAAGACCGUGAUUUCUGACUGUGGCCCAGAUUUCAGAAAGCACUUAUCCAUGUGCUUCCUUUCCACUUGUUUCAGUGGGAGACAACCACAUGCUUAUGUGCUUUCUAUCAUAAAAUUAUUUUCCUGAGUUAGGACCUUGAGGAUAUUUUUUUUAAAAUUUAUGCCUCCAUUUGUAAAUCCUGUGUGACUCAGGAUGCUAGCUUUAAAUUUUGGAUUUUAAAAUGUUUUUAAAAUCCAUAGAUCUGAGCAGUGAAUAUUUUUAGAAUAUAUUGUUGCUAUGGAAUGAAAAAAGAUCUUGAGCCUGAUUUCACUACCUCAUGUCUUAGGUCUGGUCUGUGCUAGUAAAGUUCGGGUGGUAUAAUUAUGUUGGUUAGGGGACUGAUGUGUUAUUAUUUUAACUGAUACUGUGCUGGUAUAGGCUGUAGUGUGGAUGCAUUUAUACCAGGAUAAUUUAUUUUCCUUUCCAGUGCAGUGUAAAUGGUAUGAACACUUAAACUGGUAUUGCUGUGUCCGCGUUAGUCCAGUUUUACCAUUUAACUGCAGCUAAAUGGCAAAAUUGUUUUUUUGUUUGUUUUGUUUUGUGUCUAAGCAAGACCUGUACUUUUGCAAAGUAGGAACCAAGUGUGGGGUCGAGGCAGUGUUGUGUUACCUUCGCCUUGUGCCGAUGCCAUGGCUGAUGCCACAUGGUGUGUAGCAGGCAAGGCAUCAGCUCUUUGGUAAGGGAGGGAGGGGUAGAGGGCAGGGAGACGUCUGCAGCCUACUGGUCUAAUGGUUUGUCUGUGUUAUAAAAUCCAUAACCUCUUCAUUUAAUGGGGGACUUUGCCCAGGGUAGCUUGAAAAUUUUGUUGGCAAGAAAAGCAAAAUAUAAAGCUUUAAUAUUAUGUAAAUAUAUUUAAAAGAAGGGGACCCCUGAAUUUCUUCACAUGUAUUUAGUGAAUCUUUAUAAUUAUUUUUUGUUAUGCUAGCACUUGAAAACUUUUUUCACCUGUCUCUUUUUAAUUCAGUUUGUAGAGUGGACUUCAGUCCUGUCCAGUCUAAUGUUUGAGUACUGUUUCUGAUUAGUUGUGUAUCGUAACUACUCCCUUUGUGUUACCGAGCAUAAGUCUUUUAAGCCCCUUUGAGAACUUGACAAGAAAAAAGAAACCAACCUGAGACCCCCCCCCCCCAUCUCUUAUGAAAUACUGCAGGUCAUAAAGAGGAUCAGAGUUCACGCUAGACACAAAAUAGGAUGCACCAGCUUCUUUUCUGAGCUGCAGUGGAGAACUCUUGGCAUUUUCCAGUUACAAUCAAGGUUUGCUUGGGGUUUUAUUUCUGUUACUGGUGUCUCACCCCGCCCUCCACCUCGGUGUUAGUCUACAACUAUGUUAAGCAAUAUCUGUGUGUUACUGUUCUGGAGGAAGAAAGUUGGGUUUUUUUUAAUCACAAUGACAUCUGUGGACAUUGGAUUGUAAAAAGCACAGGUAGCAGGAACAUACAAAAGUGGGAAUGGUGAUGGAAUUGAAUCUAUUGCCAAAUGGUUUGUUUAUGGUUUGGCUUAAUAAUUUUUGGAAGUUUGAGGCCUCUGUUCUUUGUAGGUGGUGGGUAGGGAUAGGUGAGUGAGGAGAAAGGGCAAAGAGGUUAGGCUGAAAGAACAAUGAAGUAAGUACUUGCAGCUACACAACAAAAAUGUUUAAGCCUGGGAAAAAUGCAGUUAGCAAGUGGUGCAGCCUGUGUUUGGCUGUUAAAAAGCCUGGGGUUUUACUUUCCAGCACCCUGAAAACUGAUUUGCACUUGUACAAAGUACAUGCACUGUGCAUCCUGUUGAAUGUUGCUACUCUCCAUGUCCACUGUAGAGGUGUAUAUGUUUGCCCAAGGCGCAAAACACAGGCUUGGCCUAAAAUUCCACAAGUAAUUCUGCUAUCUGUGAGGGCAACAAAAUCAAAUUACGGAAGGGAGUGAGAUACCUGAGCUCUUGUGGCACCCCGGCAGUCUGCCAGGAAGAGCUCUUGGUUUUUGUGGUCAUCACUUGCAGGAGCUGUUACCACCGCUGCAAGCCCUCCCUCCAGGACCUCCACAAAUGCUGGUGUGAAGGGUGUGGAUCUUGUCUUACAUGAGCAUAAUUUAAAGCUGUGCCCUCACAAUCUGGGCAAAGCCCAGAGCACCCUUGGUCUGCACUUGGCCUUCCCCUGUUGGCAGCAUUGUAUCCAUCUUCAUCCUCCUAGGGCUGAACAUAACAGUGACGCUUACAAGGAGUUUUACUGAGAUCAGUGCAAUGCACUACUCUCUUCCUUCCAGCUUCUUUUUAUUUUUUGGUAUCCAAAAUAAAAUUGUAGUUGGUUCAAUUGAUGUGUCUCAGCAUUCUUUGAAAAAAAGGAGAAGAAAAAGAAAAAAAUAGAGCGAAACCAUUGUUAGUCUUACCCAUUGUCUGUGAGUUUUUUUAUUUAAUGUUCUAAACCUGAAAUAUUGUUAAAUAAACCAGAAAAAUAAGUCAGUUACUAGA